UGAAGAAAGAAGAAAGAGCCUUGAGAAAAAGAGAAUCAAAUCCUUUCCUUAACCUUCACGCCUCAAUUACACCACCCUCUCCUACCCCCCCAAAUCAAAUCCUCUCACUGCUCAAAAAAUCUCUCCCCUUCUCUCUCUCUCUCUCACACACAAACACUACACUCUCUUACUUACCAUGCAUUUAUAAGGCUCAACUUUGGAACCAAACUUUGAAGUCCCUUGUUGACCAUUUUCCCACCUCACUCAUUCACUCACGCUAUCUUCUCUACCUCUUUAAAUUCCCACUACAUCAUCCACAAAAAAAGACCACACCUUAAACAAACUCAUAGAUUCUUGUUCUACACUUCUACUCUACUCUAUCCAUUGUUGUAUUUAUUUUUAUUUCACUAUUCAUGGGUUUUGGCCAAGAAGAAGAGAAAGACCAGGCCGCCGCCGCCGCCGUGAAGUGCGUGUGGGUUCACGGCCCUAUCAUUGUAGGUGCCGGACCCUCCGGGAUAGCCGUGGCGGCGUGCCUGUCGGAGCAAGGUGUCCCAAGCGUGAUUCUUGAGAGGAGUAACUGCAUAGCCUCACUAUGGCAAAACAGAACCUAUGACCGCCUCAAACUGCACCUUCCAAAACACUUCUGUGAGCUUCCAUUGAUGAGUUUCCCCAACGGUUUCCCAAAAUACCCUUCCAAGUACCAGUUCAUCUCCUACAUGGAGUCCUACGCAGCCCACUUCAACGUCAAACCCCGGUUCAACCAAACCGUGCAGAGCGCGGUUUAUGAAUCGGGGUCUGAGUUUUGGGUUGUGAGGACUCAGGAUUUUGAGUACGUUUCUCCGUGGCUUGUGGUGGCUACCGGUGAGAAUGCUGAGCCUGUUUUUCCUAAGCUUCCUGGGUUGGACUUGUUUCGUGGUCCUGUUGCUCACACCAGUAAUUACAAAUCUGGUUCUGAAUACAAAAACAAGAAGGUUUUGGUGAUUGGUUGUGGGAAUUCUGGAAUGGAGGUUAGCUUGGACCUUUGCAGGCACAAUGCCAUUCCUUACAUGGUUGCAAGAAAUACAGUACAUGUUCUUCCAAGGGAGAUGUUUGGCUUCUCAUCAUUUGGAGUAGCUAUGGCACUUUACAAAUGGCUUCCAUUAAAGAUAGUAGACAAGCUCCUCUUACUAGUGGCUAGUUUCACUUUGGGCAACACAAAUCACUAUGGAAUCAAGAGGCCCAAAACAGGACCAAUUGAGCUCAAACUUGCCACUGGGAAAACCCCUGUUCUUGAUGUUGGUCAAAUAGCACAAAUAAAAUCCGGCAACAUAAAGGUGAUGGAAGGUGUGAAGGAGAUAACAAGAAAUGGUGCCAAAUUUUUGGAUGGACAAGAAAAGGAAUUUGAUGCUAUAAUCUUGGCAACAGGAUACAAAAGCAAUGUCCCUGUUUGGCUUAAGAACCGUGAAUUUUUCACCGAAGACGGAAUGCCGAAAACACCCUUUCCUCAUGGUUGGAAAGGAGAGCGUGGAUUGUAUACGGUGGGGUUCACGAGAAGAGGUCUUCAGGGAACGUCAUCUGAUGCCAUUAAAAUUGCUGAAGAUAUAGUUGGGCAGUGGAGAAUAAAAGGCAAAGACAAGAAUUGUUGUGAUUCACAUAUCAUCGUACUCAAUAAUUCAUAGACCUUAAUUACCCCCAAUAAGAUGAUCAACCUAGUUUUUUAUUUUAUUUUUUUAGCUGAAAAAAAAAGCAAAAAAAUGGACUAGCUUUUCUUUCUUGGGCUACUUUUUCCUGGUUUACUGUGUAUGUACAAUUUUGUAUUUAGGAGCAUAUACGCUUUUCUAGCUUCUCCAAUUUCAGCUUUUGUACAAAACAGUUUCAUAAAAGGAAUGGAAUGGUACUUCAGCUCA